ACUACGCGCUCUGUUGCUCUUUGUACAAUACACAUACACAACACUUUCUUACCACAACGCAUACAGCUAGCUAAUUAUACUCUCUCUAGCACUUUGGCCAAUUCCACAUCUCCCCAUUUUCUCUCUCCCUCCUUCACCUAGACAUAGAUUACAAACUCUUUUUUCAGUCCUUUGUUUUCCUUAUUGAAAUGUAGUAAGGACAAGAAGUUGCAAAUUCGGACUUUAGCUCAGUAAGUGACGUACGUUUUUUCCUAACCCAUGUAUCAAUAACAUCCAGUUGCAGAGAUCAGACCAUUACAUAGCAUCGAUGUCGACGAUCUACAGUCCAUCACGGAGUCCAGGUAGCUCGAGGUUGCCUUUGGGAGGAGGCGGGGGGGCAUCGAGGUUGAGAUCUUCAUCGCUUAAGAAACCACCUGAGCCACUUCGUAGAGCUGUGGCUGAUUGUCUGUCUUCUUCUUCUUCUUCUUCUCCGGCUCACCAUGGGGCCCCCUCUGCUACUGCCUCCGAAGCUUCCCGAACCCUAAGGGAAUAUCUGGCAGCAUAUCCAACAACUGACUUGGCUUAUGGUGUUAUUUUGGAUCAUACACUAGCAGAGCGCGAGCGCAGCCCAGCAGUUGUAGCAAAAUGUGUGGCGCUAUUGAAACGGUAUCUUCUAAGAUAUAAACCCAGUGAGGAGACAUUGGUACAGAUUGACCGAUUUUGUGUAAGCAUCAUUGCUGAAUGUGAUAUGAGUCCCAACCGAAAAUUGGCUCCAUGGUCACGUUCUUUAAGCCAACAAAGUGGUGCAUCUACCACAUCAAAUACUGUAUCGUCUUUGCCUGUUUCGAGUUAUGCAUCAGGAGCACUUGUGAAGUCCUUAAAUUACGUUCGAUCUCUAGUCGCGCAAUAUAUCCCAAAGCGGUCAUUUCAACCAGCGGCUUUUGCCGGAGCAGCUACAGCGUCAAGACAAGCACUUCCCACACUGUCAUCUUUAUUGAGCAAAUCCUUCAACUCCCAACUUAGCCCUGCAAAUGGUAAAGAAUUAUUAGAGAAUAAAGACGUGUCUACUGUUUCAACUUCAGGCUCACCUAUAGCUGGAGAAAUUAAUAGAAUGGAAGAUCAUGAAUUCACUGCUUUUGAUGUUUUCAAGUGGCGUUGGUGCAGAGAUCAACAAUCAUCACCAUCUCUAUCCAAAAGUGACCAUCUUUUGAAUCCCAAAGAUGUGAGUGCACAUAAUUUCCUCGAAGUAGGUGCAGCAGCUCUUCUUGUUGGUGACAUGGAAGCUAAAAUGAAGGGUGAGCCUUGGAAAAUCUUUGGGAGUACAGAUAUGCCUUAUCUAGAUCAACUUUUGCAGCCUUCACUGCUCACGACUGUGACCAAUUCUGCUUCUGCUCGUGCCCACUUAAGAGCAAUAACAGCUCUAAAACGUACUAAACCAGGGCCUCAUCAAAUAUGGGAGGAUUCUCCAGUGAGCACUUUCCGUCCCCGUGCAAAGCCGCUUUUUCAGUAUCGACACUACAGUGAACAACAGCCUCUGCGAUUGAAUCCCAUGGAGGUCUAUGAGGUUAUUGCUGCAGCCUGCUCUGAGACUUCUCCGCCAAAUACUUAUGUGAUGACGGUUUCAUCUAAACUAAGUAACAACAGUGGAAAGCCAUCAAUGGACGUGGCUGUCAGUGUACUUGUCAAACUUGUAAUUGACAUGUAUGUUUUGGAUUCUGAGACUGCUGCUCCUCUUGCGCUGUCCAUGCUUGAGGAAAUGAUGAAUUCUACUCGUUUGGAAUCCAAGACUCGGGCCUUUGAUUUAAUUUUGAAUCUUGGAGUUCAUGCUCAUUUAUUGGAGCCUCCAACAACAGAUGAUGCUUCGACAAUUGAAGAAGAGUAUUGCAAAGAAACUUUUUCGGACAAUGAAACUCAACUUUCUUUGGAAGGAAAUAAAAAAUCAGAUUAUCUUAAGAAAGCUGGGAAUUCCUCAGCCAUUGAUAAGUUUGAGUGUUGGAUUUUAGGCAUCCUCUACGAGAUCCUUCUUCAUCUUGUCCAGACAGAAGAAAAGGAAGAAUCCAUCUGGGCUUCUGCUCUCAGUUGUUUACUAUAUUUUGUCUGUGAUAGAGGCAGAAUAAGGAGGAGCAGACUUAAAGGUCUUGACAUAAGGGUUGUUCAGGUACUUAUAUGUGUUAGCAGGAUGAACUCUUGGGCUGAAAUAGUUCACAGCAAGUUUAUUGGCAUGUUAACAAACAUGUUUUAUGAAAUUCCGGAGAUAUCUAAUAAAGCUCUUUCGGCUACCCCUGAAUUUCUUAUUCAGCAGGUUGAUCUGAUUGGAGGAAUUGAAUUCAUAUUUGUAGAGUUAGUGCUUUCAAAUGCAAGGGAAGAAAGAAGGAAUCUGUACCUGGUGCUUUUUGAUUAUGCUUUGCAUCAAAUAAAUGAGUCAUGCAUAGCUAGUGGAACUUCAGACUACAGUGAGGAUGAGGUCCAACCUGUCGCUAUGCUGCUUAUGCUCGCAGAUGCACCUGAAGCUUUGCAUAUAUCAGUAAAGCUUGGAUUGGAAGGCAUCUUGGAGCUUCUGCAACGCCCAAUAUCUAGUGCAUUGUCCAAAUAUCCAAAUUCUGAUAGACUUUCUAUGCUGUUGGGAAAAAUUGUCGAGAAUUUUGAGAUGCUUAUAAAGUCAUUUACUCAUCUUGAUAAGGAAUUUGCUGAUAUGAGGCAGAUAACUAAAUCAUGCAAAUCUCUAGAAAGUAUUGAUGGAGCUUAUGGAAACAGUUUUGGCAUGAAAGCGAAGCUCUCUUGGGCCACCUUACAUUCUCUUCUUCAUUCUGAAAGAACUCUGUGUCGUCACAAUGGUUAUCUAUGGUUGGGGGAUUUGAUCAUCACAGAAAUUGUCGAGGAAGGGGAUGCUAGUAUAUGGUCAAGCAUCAGAAGUUUGCAGGAGAAAAUUUCUCGGGCCAGUGUUAUUGACUAUUCACCUGAUUUAGAUGUCCCAUUAUCCAUAUGGCUCAUGUGUGGGCUAAUAAAAUCGAAAAGUAACCUCAUUAGAUGGGGUUUUUUAUAUGUUUUGGAGAGGCUUCUUAUGCGCUGUAAGUUUUUAUUAGAUGAAAGUGAAGUCCAACACGCAAUUAGUGGUGAAACAGUUGGAGAUCUGCAUAGUAAAACUCGUCUCGAGAAAGCGAAUGCAGUCAUUGACAUCAUGAGCAGUGCCUUGUCCCUGAUGGCCCAGAUAAAUGAGACCGACCGCAUGAAUAUAUUAAAGAUGUGUGAAAUUCUUUUUUCUCAACUGUGCCUAAAAGUCCUCCCUUCAACUGUGACAUCUAUGGAUGAUCCUAUGACCUGUAUCAAAGAUGUUAGCUGGAAUAAGACGAUUGGUCCAGGAGAAAGCUUCCCUCGACAGGAGUGCUUUGGCUGGGAGGAACACAUUGAAGAUACUAACCACAAACUCAAAAGAAACAAGGAUCCUCCAAAACCAGAAACUGCAUCGAUGGCAGCGCUGCUUCUCCAUGGACAGGCCAUUGUUCCUAUGCAAUUGGUGGCACGUGUUCCUGCUGCUUUGUUUUAUUGGCCGCUAAUCCAACUUGCUGGUGCCGCGACUGAUAAUAUUGCAUUAGGUGUUUCUGUUGGCAGCAAAGGAAGAGGAAAUGUUCCUGGUUCCACCUCUGACAUACGAGCCACUCUUCUCCUGCUUUUAAUUGGUAAAUGCACAGCAGAUCCUGCGGCUUUUAAAGAAGUUGGUGGGGAGGAAUUCUUUAGGGAGUUGUUGGAUGAUACAGACUCAAGAGUGGCAUAUUACUCUUCAAUGUUUCUUCUGAAGAGGAUGAUGACAGAGGAACCGGAAAAUUACCAACGCAUGCUGCAUAACCUUGUUUCUAGAGCUCAGCAGAGCAACAAUGAAAAACUCCUGGAGAAUCCUUACCUUCAAAUGCGGGGUUUACUUCAUCUGUCAAAUGAAUGAUAUACCACAUGAUCCUUUGCUCUGCUUUAUGAAAUUGCUAUUUAAAGAAUCUUGAUGUUCACUGCUUCUGACAAUCAUGGAGCCCAACUGCAGGGAAAAGUAUUCCAAGUUGUGAGCCCAAGGAGGAUAUCAUCAUGAAAUGGUUGUAAGUGUGCACUUCUGUGGGUGUUUAACCAAAUAAUAGUACUCUACGCAACAUGGAUGCCAAGUUGCUGUACUGGGCUGGCUCGGUUGUUUAUGCUUCAGCAGCUUCUCUUAUGUCAUCUCAUGGAGUUCCUCUGAAGUGCAAUUAUGGAAUUUGUUUCCAUUAAUUUUAUUGGCAUUCUUUUCAUGGAUGAGAGAUCUUCCGAUGAUGUUUUGAAGCUGCUUGUUCAUCAGAUGAGUAAGGCAAGCCGAAUAUGUCCAGAAUUCACGAGCACAUGGAAGCCUGAGGAUGCACUUCAACCUUACUGUUGAUGUGUCAGAUUGGGUUACCGAGCAAUCUUCAGGUGCUUGUUCGAACGAAUUUCAACAUCAUCAGAACUUUUGUACAGGAUAAAAUAUCCAAUCGGCAUCUAUCUCUUUUGCCUUAUUUGGGAAUGGUGCUUUAUGGAGUUUAUAAAUUCAUAUAGGUCUUCCUUGCACCAUGGAUGACAAAAUUUUGUGGAUUAUAAUCUGGAUCCCGCACAUAGGAGAAUCACAAGCUUGGACGGUUAUCAGGUUUACAAUGUUUAAUGUGAUCAAACAUGGCAGGGUAAAUAUUCUUAUUCUUUUAUUUUAUUUAUCAUAGCUUUGUACGUGUGUGCAAUUUUCUCUUUUCUUCCUGGGUCCUCAAAAGGAAAUAAUAGAUCCUUGGAGGGGAACCGUCUUUUUGAUAGAUGUAAAAGAGAUGCUGACUGAAUAUCCAUUUAACAUGUAAAAUAUUAGAUAAUGCAAGUCCUUUUAUUUGAUUUUUCCGUCAAA